CGCUGUCUCGACUGCUGCCCCAGUCUGUAAUCUCGCACUGAAAAUAAGUAUUCAUCAUUUUCUGGAUCACUUUCAAAGUCGAAAUGUUGACAUGUAUCGGAAGUCCACUAUUAGAUAUUGUGGUGCACGUGGAUCGGGAGUUCCUGAUAAGACACGGUCUUGAACCUGAUGCAGCGCACGCGGCUGAUGGUGAGACCCUCUUCAACGAGUUGCAGGAUCUCAACGCCGCUUACGUUUGCGGUGGAAGUGUGACGAACAGUGUGAGGGUGCUGAAAUGGCUGCAGCCAGAAGCGCGGGUGGUUUACAUCGGGGCAAUAGGCGCAGAUACCGAGGGCGAUUUUCUUAUAAAAAAAUUGACAAGUGUUGAGUGCGAUUUCCAGGUGGACGAGAUCAGAAGAACAGGAAGAUGCGCAGUACUUGUGGACGGUCCUACGAGAACCCUGUAUACCGACCUCGGAGCCUCGACGUCGUUGAACCUGAGUCAUCUGCAGCGACCGGAAACGCUGAAGAAAUUGAACUUGACCAAAUUUGUUUACUUCUCAGCGUUUCUCCUUAGGGCAUCCAAAGAAUACGUUGAUUUCCUGCUAGAUUCUGGUAAACAAAUACUCUUUAAUUUGGGCGCUGCCUUUCUGUGCGAUCUAUAUCCAAUAGAAAUGACAAGGAUCAUUAAAAAAUCCAAAGUUAUUUUUGGCAAUGAACUGGAAUUGAGGGCUGUGGGUAAAAUGAUAAAGUUAUAUGCGGAUGAUUGCAAGGAGUUAGGUGGUCAGGUGUACAAAUCUCUUUGCGAAAUCGAUCAGAUUCUUGUAAUCACAAGAGGCGAGAGGUCAGCUCUGGUGUUCGCAAAGCAACAGAUGAAGGAGUUUGCAGUCGAGCAAGUGAACAACGUCGUGGACACCAACGGCGCCGGGGAUGCCUUCGUCGGAGGUUUUCUGUCAAAUUUCAUUGUGAACUCUCCUCUAGAGGAAUGCAUGAGACUAUUUGCAGCCGGUGAAAUUGUGCAGAACGUCGGAUGCACGUUUUCGAAUAUUAGCUAAUGUAUGUCAUAAAUUGUCCGAGUGAAAUUUGAAUUGGAAGAGGAAGAGAAGAAAGGAAGCAGGGCACACCUCGAUUAUGUGUGCGUGUAGUCUCUAAAAACCAGACGCAUUCACUUUCUCGAUCGUAGGCGAAAAGAAAAACGUAUCGUGGAAGCUGCGGACUUCUCUUCUGAAAUCGCGGAUCAAUCAAUGUCAAGGCCGCGGAACGUAUCUUUUUUUUGUACUAUAAUUUUCAACAUUUCGAUUCAAUAAAACCAAAAAUGAAAGAAACGAAGUGCUGCUAUUAUAACCGAAGUGUGUCAGUGUGUCUCGCAGUCACCCACGAAUCGAAUUUCCAUACCAAACAAAGUGAUUGCAUUACAUUUUUUUUUGUUUCGAGGGGGUUGCUUAACCUAUAUGUUGGGCAAUGCCAAUCAGUGACAUGCUAUUAAUUGGUGAUAAUUGAUCAGAAGCUAAACUUUCUCCAACAUUAUGGAAUAUUUUACCGUUUUAAUUUUUGCUUUUUUGAUGACUGGAAAAAUAUUUACAUUGAUUUUCUAUUUGUUUUUGAGUGAGAAAAAAAUAUGAACGUUAAUGUAACUUAAAACUAAAUCGAUUAUUUCGAAGCAAGGCCAUCGCUCGUGAAGAAUUCAAUGCCCGGAAGAACGCGAGUAAUCAUUAACAUCGCAUUGCUCAGCAAUCCACUAAUUUCAACGGCAAUCGUCUGUUUCUUUUUGUUUACGUAACUGUCUGUUGUUCCCUCAAGAAAGUAAUUAAAGGUUUCGUCUCACGGGUCAUGUGUACAGCAAGAAUUAAAAAAACACAUAAAAAACUAGUAGAAAAAUAACAAAAUUAUUAUAACCGAUUUAUUGAAAUUAUAUGGAGAUAUUGAUUACUGUUUGCGGAUUUAGGACACGUGAUUCCACUCGGAAACAGGUUUCUUCAUCUAAAAAUAAGGAAAUCAGUAAAUCCGCAUAUUGCCAUUUUUUUCAUUCUUUCUAUAUAAACAAUUAUAUGCGAAAACAUCCUAUUUAAUCAAUCAAUUUUCCAUGGAAAUCUGUUAUUGAAAUGCACUUGAUCAUGA